AUGUUAGAUCCAAGAAAGCCUGCAUUUGUACCCAAAAAAGCUAAUGUGGUUGCGUUCGUCAGGUUACAAGGUGAUGGUAAGACCACAACAUGUAAAAAGUAUGCUUAUUAUCAUCAGAAGAAAGGGUACAAACCAGCUCUAGUGUGUGCAAAUACUUUCAGGGCUGGUGCUUUUGAUCAGCUGAAACAGAAUGCCACCAAGGCUAGGAUCCCUUUCUAUGGAAGAAUAGUAGCUCACAUACAUGAGUGUCUGUGA